GCCAGUGGAAGAGACCAGCAACGACACUGAGCCCCAGCAAAGUUGCUUUGACAUCAACUGCAUUUCCAUUUGUUACCGCAACUCGCUCGGCUGCGACACUUUCACGACAUUUUACUGCCUGAACAAUAAGCAUCGCCUUGCUUUCUUAUCCUAAUCUGUUUGGCAGCCCAGUCAGCCUCAUCACAACCCCCCAAGAUGUCGAUAUCAAACGAAGCGCUGCAAAAGCUCGUCAGAGAGAUCGAGUCGCAGGCCAUCGCUGCGCAACAGCAAAUCGGCCUGGUCCGCACUCAGAUGGCGUCCAAGCAGCGUGAGAUGCGGCUAGCCCAGCUGACGCGCAGCGAGAUCUCAUCAUUGCCACCCGACACGGCUGUCUACGAGGGAGUCGGGAAAAUGUUCGUUGGGCUUCCGGUGCCCACGUUGCAGGAGAAACUGAGCUCUCAGGUCAAGGAGAAUGAGACCGAGUUGGAGGCUCUGUCCAAGAGGCUGCACUACCUCGAGACGACGGACAAGAAUAGCCGGGAGCACAUUGAGAAGAUGCUCAAGGGACAGGCUUAA